AUGGACGCGGACCUCGCUUUCCCCGCCCUCGUAACUGCUAGACUUUUGCUUGCUUUCGCGCCACUCCCAGAUGCUUUGAAAUACGACCAGCAAUUGUCCUCCCCUCUAACGUCCUACUCUCGGUUACGCGAGGGCAUAUACCUGUUCAAACAUGGGAUUGAUCCAUACUCCGGAGGGUCAUUCAGACAUUCUCCGUUACUGCUAUCCCUGUUCUCCACAGUACUGCCGUUAACGCCGUACACGUCGGCAAUACUCUGGACGGCCGCGGACUCUGUAGCAGCAUGGGCCCUCGUACGAAUAUGGAGACUCAGGACAGGCGCAAAGAACACGUCAAGAGACAGGCAAAUCGCCUCUCUUUACCUAUUGAAUCCCUACAUCUUCCUCCCUAGUCUUGCAUUAUCUACCUCGUCAAUUGAGAAUAUGCUCUGUCUACUCGCAAUCAUGUUUGCAUGUCGAGGCCGGGCAUCCGCGUCUCUCUUCGCACUCGCGAGCCUAGUGCAGCUGUCUCUUCCCUCAAUACUGCUCCUAGCACCUCUCCUGCUCUUGCACAUCACACGACCCGUGUCUCGCCUUGCGUUGCCUCGGCCAUUUGAUGCCCCAUUGAAGAAGACAAUACCCCUUCUUGCAGAAUUCCUUGGCUAUACUGCGCUCCUCACCUUUGCAUCGACCUUGGUUUGCGGGAACUGGCUGUGGGUAGAAAAGACAUGGGGCGCCUCGCUAACGCUGCCCGACCUUACACCAAAUCCGGGACUUUGGUGGUAUUUCUUUACGGAGAUGUUCGACCACUUCAGGCCGUUCUUCUUGAUGGUCUUCUCUGUACACCUGCUCAUCUAUAUCGCGCCGAUAUGUAUCAAGUUCCAACACGAUCCCCUUUACGCCGCUUUCCUCCUGGUGGGCGUACUGGCGGUGUUCAAGCCGUACCCCACGCUCUCCGACCCGGGACUAUUCCUCUCGCUCUUUUCGAUCUUCCCCGAGAUAUACCCAUACCUGCGACAUCCGAUCGUCACAGCGCUCAUCCACCUCCACGCUUCGCUGCUUCUCCCCUUGUUCAACAGCCUAUGGCUGCGGCAGGGUACGGGCAAUGCCAACUUCUUCUACGCGUCGACGCUUGUGUUCGGCGUGGGCAACGGCGGGGCGUUGCUGGACGCCGUAUGGGCAGGGCUGCGGAUAGCUAUCGGUGAGCUGAAGGAGGGGUACGAGGUUGCACAGGAGUGACGCAGCAAUGUCCACGGUGACCUCUCAUAUAUAUUGUGAUACUAUGCGAC